AUGGAGGCGCAAUUCCUACAAGGACUGCUGCAGGAGAUACGCGGGAUGCGCGAAGAUCAGGCGCGAAGGGAGGAAGAACUUCGAGCGACGUUUCGCCAACGGGAUGAGGAGCUGCAGCUUUUACGGACCUCCCAGAUAAGUCUGUCCAAUAACAGAGCCGCCGGGGAUUUCGAAACGCGAAGCGCAAACGCGAACGCGUUUAGUAACAAUUAUCCGCGAUCGGAGCUCGGGUUUAAAAUAAAGCCCGACACAUUCGACGGUACCACUUCGUUGCGCGAGUUCUUUUCACAAUUCGAACUAAUCGCGCGUGCGAACUGUUGGGCAGAUGCCACAAAGACCGUGGUACUCGCUUCGUGCUUACGAGGGAAGGCGCGUUCGGUUUUAGAGACGGUCGAGGAUUUGAUGAAUCUUGAGUUUUCGGAGCUUAAGUCUAAGCUCGAGUUACGUUUCGGAGAGAGAUUCGGUGAAGAUUUGACCGCGUACGGUACAGAGUUAGAGAGGCUUUCGCGCCUCGCUUACGCGGAGUGCCCCCACGACGUUCACGAUAAAAUUGCUUGUGCACAGUUUGUUUCGGGUGUCUAUGAUGGUUUUACAAGGCGAACCCUUCAAUUGGAAAGAAUUUCGUCUUUGAAUUUGGCCGUCGAAAGAGCUAAGGCCAUUAAAAUUAUUCAGGGUGGAAAUUUUAGAAGGGAAAGAGAAGAUACUUACGGAAUUUCUUUGAAUGAGGAAAGAGGGAAGUCGCUGGGAGGAAAGGAACUGAAGAGUGAAAGAAAUGAUAAACCCGCGACGAGGAAGAAAAGUGAAACGGAUCAAAGAAAGAAUUGGCGCGACAAUAAGUACGCUGCCAAACGCGAGGAGUGUUGGACUUGUGGAAAGUUCGGACAUUUCCGAUCCGAGUGCCCGGCCUCAGAGGGAAACUCGAUUAAGGUAGAUACGGGUUCUGACAUAUCCAUAGUUAGUGAAGAAUUUAUUGAGAAGGGAAAGAAGAGAUUACAAGUAAAGGUUUGCAAUUUGAAAUAUCCCACUGUAGAAAAAGUUUCUUUUCAAGGUAAAGUUUUGGUAAAAGUCCAAGUCGGGAAAUAUUCUCUAGAGAUUCCAAUGUAUGUGGCUAAGAUCUCCGAUGAUUGUUUACUUGGUGUGGAUUUCCUUAGGAAAAUAAAUUUGACCAAUAUUUUUUAUUCUGUUUCUCAUAAUUCUGAGUCCAUUGAUGAGGAGAUUUUCGAUUGUGCUCGUGUAGAAACGUCUUCACAAGGGGUUCCUUCCGUCUUAGAAGAACUUUAUAUUAGGAACUCUCAAAACCUUAUUGAUUCUCAAAAGAAGGAUUUUGCUGCCUUUUUGCGCAAAUUCAAAAAUGUGUUUUCUCAAGAGACUGUUGCAGGGAACUGCGAGGUCCUUGAACAUGUCAUUAAUCUUAAAGAUUGUUCCCCAAUUAAGCAGGUUCUACGUCGUAUUCCUUUGCAAUUGCGUGGAAAGGUGGAAAGAAUGAUAGAGGAUAUGAGGAAACAAGGAGUUAUUGAGGAAUCACAAAGCCCUUGGAUUUCCCCUGCCGUCUUGGUAAAGAAGAGGAACGGGGCGUUAAGAUUUUGUGUCGAUUACCGAAAAUUAAAUGCGGUAACAAUUAAAGACUCCUAUCCUCUCCCCAGAAUAGAUGAUAUUUUCGACCAGCUUUCAGUCUAUUUAGAUGAUGUGGUAGUGUUCGGAAAGAGUUUUGAAGAAAUGUUAGAGAACCUUGGAAUAAUUUUUCAAAGAAUUCAAGAAGUAAAUUUAAAGAUUAAUCCCGAAAAAUGUGUUUUCUUUUCAAACAGUGUUAAAUAUCUGGGUCAUGUAAUUUCGAAAGAAGGCAUUACUACCGAUGAAGAAAAAAUCUCAGCAGUGAAAGACUGGUCAGUACCACACACUAAGAAACAAUUGCGUAGCUUUAUUGGAUUUUGCUCUUAUUAUCGUAAAUUUGUGAGAGGAUUUUCUUCUGUUGCAAAACCUCUUUUUGUGCUCACAGAGGAUAAGGUGAAAUUUUCUUGGGGGCCAGAAUGCCAAAGUGCAUUUGAUGAAUUGAAACGAGUGUUAUCUUCUUCUCCUGUACUUCCUUUCCCUAACGAAGACGGAGAGUUUAUUUUGGACACCGAUGCUUCGAAUGUCGGUAUCGGAGCGGUUCUUUCCCAAAAACAGGAAGAGAAGGAGAGAGUUAUUGCAUAUUUCAGCCACGUUCUAAAUAAGGCAGAAAGGAAUUAUUGUGUUACUCGACGUGAAUUGUUGGCAAUUGUAGAGGCUAUCAAAUUUUUCAGACAUUAUCUUUUGGGACGGAAAUUCUUAAUCCGCACAGACCACUUUUCUUUGAAAUGGCUGAUGUCCUUCAGAGAUUUGGAAGGUCAGCUUGCAAGAUGGUUGGAGAGGCUUCAACGUUUUGAAUUUGAGAUCAUUUACCGGAAGGGAUGUUCUCAUGGAAAUGCUGACGGACUAUCUCGGCGACCGUGUGAAUCCCUCGGAUGCAAAUAUUGCGCCAAAAUCGAAUUGAAGGGUACUCAAGAGCCAAGUGAGAUAGUAGCUCGAAUCACUAUUCCCAAAAAAAGCAUGGAGGAUUGGCGUAAGGAUCAAACGGAAGAUCCAAGUUUAUUGAUCUUCAUUUCUGGAAAGGAGACAGGAGAGCGCCCUAUAUGUUCGGAGAAUGUUAUAGGGGAUAUUUCUUUUCGAAUUUAUUCCUCUUAUUGGGAUGCUCUUUGUCUGAGAGACGGAGUCCUAUAUAAGAGAUGGAAUGGCCCUUUAGGAAAGGGGAAGUCUCCUCUUCAGGUUUAUAAUGUCGGGACUCCGUUUGAAAGAGUUCAAUUGGAUAUAUUGGGUCCUCUUCCUUCAACUACGAAUAAAAACAAAUAUUUGCUUGUUCUAGUGGACUGUUUCACCAAAUGGGUGGAGGCCUUUCCGGUGAAAAACAUUAAAGCAAAAACAAUUGCAGAAAUCUUCGUCAAUCAAAUCGACUCUAGGCAUGGUGUACCUUUGGAAUCCGAUGGGCAAGUGGAGCGCCAACACCAGACUAUUACUAAUUUUCUGGCGAAAUAUAUUUCUUCAAAUCAGAAGGACUGGGAUCGUUGGAUUCCCAUAUUCCUCAUGGCAUAUAGAACCUCGAAGCAUGAAGCGACAGGUUAUACCCCUGCUGAACUUUACUUGGGACGUGAUCUUCGAUUACCUUUGGAUUUUCUACGGGGAAGUCCCCCCGAGUGUCAUGAGCAGACACCCUUCUCAAUGGAGCGUUACGUUAGAGAGCUCCGAGUAAAACUAAAAGAGAUUGGUUCGGAGGCUAGAAGGCGUUUGAAGAUGCAGUCUUUUCGCGUAAAAGCUCGCUAUGAUAAUAAAGCUAGGCAAAUCUCGUUCCAAGAAGGACAAAAGGUUUGGCUCUUUAAUCCUCGAAGGCAAAUAGGGAGGGCUCCCAAGUUGCAGAACAAUUGGGAAGGUCCUUACAUGUUAAAAAGCUUGGUGAGGUCGUAUUUUGUAUCCGGAAGUCCUUAA